AUUCACUCUUCCCCGCUCUCUGCAACUGCAACCCUAAUUCACAAUCUCUCCAUCUCUCUCACUACUAUAAUGGCGGACAACAAACAACGGAGUUCUUCUCCCGGUGACCGGCGACAACCAAGCCGGUUACAACGGCGGGCGCCGGCGUCUAUACAAGUAAAUCGUGCAACCGAUUGGAAUCUGGCGAUACCGCUUCUAUCGCCGCUGAUAACUUCUCCGACUUCUCCCGAAUCGGACAACUUAAAGGCGGCAAUAAACUCCUUUUCCAGCUCAGCUCAUAAGGAAGAGGUGAGGAAAGAGCAUUUGGAGAAGCCGAUGAUGGUGUUUAAGAAAUGGCAGCAUCCGGCGGCACCGUUUUGCUACGAGCCGGCUCCGUUGGUGCCUUUUGUAUGUACAGGAAGCACCGAUAGACGAUGAAAGUAAAAUAUCCGAAUCGUAAUCUUAGGUUGUAGCUGUUGAUACAAUCUGACGGACAAUAUUCCUUUUCGCGAUCUGUAAUUUGCAGAAGGAAUAUAGAAGAUGUAGUUCUAGCCUUUUUUAAACAUUAAACACUCUGUUGAUAAUCUGUAGCUGCUUUAGCUCCUUUUUUUCCUUACAAUCAGUACAAUUAUUAAGUUUUGGUUACUGAUUAUGAAUGAUACUAUGAAUUUCCCUUGAGAAAACUCAAAAUGAGACUGGGGAAAUGUAGUUCCUUUUUGCUACUAUUUUUAA